GUGCCCUAUGGAUCUUUGGCGGCGCCUGCGAAUCCGGACCGAAGCAGGAGGUCACCCUGGACGAUAUGUGGCGGCUGGAGGUUCAGAUGGAGAAGCAGGGCGAUGAGCUCCAGAUCUCCUGCGCGGAGCGCUGGGAGUGCAUCCUCGGCCUCAGCGACCGCGCGACCGUUUGGUUCGAUGACUCCGACUCUGACAGCGACGAAGAGGAGCUCCGACUAG